UGAAUUAGUAAAUAGAAUUCGUAAAUUCGCAUUUUAUCGUAUUUUUGCCAAUGUACGAAUUCUCGGGGACCAAAAUGAUCAUUUCACGAAUUCGUCGAUGGUCGACCAAUUCGAUUUACGAAUUCGUCGAUGGUCGACCAAUUCGAUUUACGAAUUCGUAGGUACCGGAAAUUUGUUUCUUACGAAUUCGUCCUACUUUACGAAUUGGCAAAAGGAAGAAAAGACGCAAUUUUUUGGUUCGGUUUUGAUCAUUUUUGUUAGUUCGCAUCAGUUCGCACUGAAUUACGAAUUCGCUGCGAAUUCGCAAAACAAUGGUAAAAUGCGAAUUGUUGCAUCAUUUUUACGCCCAAAAAUUGCGAUUCGUCAAUUCGUCUUUAGACAUUUUGUCCACACUAAUGGAAUAAUUGAUGCAUUUAUACAUAUUCAUUUUGUAGAUUUCCGUGUGAAAACGGUCGGAUUAGAUCGCCAACUAGUAUAUGGCCAGAGGGAGUUUAUGAACCUGUACUACCAUCUUGUCAGUAACUUUUUUUAAUGAAACAAAAAUUAACUAUUUUUAUUGCUAGUUUGUUUUCUUUUCUUUAUUAGAUGCUGUUCAACCAUUAAUCAAUUUGCUACAGACUUACUCACAUGGUUAUGCACCUUGCCAAUUGACAAAUCUAUAUAAACCAAACUUAUGUUUAGAUGCUGAAGUGUUGGUGGAUUGUGGUUGUUCUGUUGAUCUUAUUCUACCUUCAAACGAAAUAGAAAAACUGCAAUUACAAAAAGAAACCGGUGGAAUCUCUGCGAGAGGAUUCGAUAAUCGUAUAACAAUAUUGCCAAAAUAUCAAGAUGUCAAAAUUACAGUUAAUCUUAAACAUCCAAUAACGGGACAUAUUACAACAAAAACUGCAAUUAUCUCAGUUUUUGAACGUUUAUCUGUAUGCACAUCGGAAAUUGGAAUACAAUGUUCAAGAAAUGUGUUAUCAGAUGAAGCACAAAUAUCAAAAACAACAUCACAUUUAUUUUCACCACAUCGAAGUUCAGAAAUGACAACGUCUACAAUGUCAAUAGAUGAUGAUGCAGAAUCUAAUGUAGCAAUUUUGAAACUGAGUCCAUUAAAACAUCCGCUUAAAGAUGGCGAUCAAUACGGCAUUUUAGGUUAUCCUGCUAUGACAAAAUUAAAUAUAGGAAUAUAUUUUGGAGGAAAUUAUAUUUUUGGUGUUGAACGACUAUUCGAACAUAUAUCACCAAUAUUGGCAUCAAAAACACAAGUGUAA